CUAAUUCCUUGCGAAAACACGAAACUGCAUGGAAAUUCAUUCCUCCUAACGCGCCUCACUUUGGCGGUUUGUGGGAGGCUGCAGUCAAAGCCGCUAAGCGUCAUCUUAUCCGAAUAGUCGGGAAGACAUCCUUGUCUUUCGAAGAAUUACAAACAAUUUUUUGCGAAGUAGAGGCCAUUCUAAAUUCACGCCCUCUCACUCCGUUAACCGAAGAUCCUAACGAUCUUAGUUAUUUGACCCCAGGACAUUUCUUAAUUGGCACCGCGCUGAAUAGUUUCCCUCAUCCGGAUUUAACUAAUGUAAAUGAGAAUAGGCUAAUACGUUGGCAGCGUGUCGAACAAGUCAGACAACAUUUUUGGCGCAGGUGGAGCCAAGAAUAUCUGCAUACCCUCCAGGAGCGAUCCAAGUGGAGGACAAACAAGGGUGAUCAGCUGACACCCAACCAAAUGGUGCUCCUGAAACAGCCGAAUCUAGCACCUCUCCAGUGGUUGUUGGGUCGCGUUGAAGAAGUUCAUCCAGGAACUGAUGGCAACGUGCGGACCGCUACCGUCCGUACCACAAAGGGUCUUUUCACUAGACCAUUAACCAAGCUUGCUAUCUUACCAAUAGAAACCUAG